UCAAAAUUGGUAAACAAAAAGGAACACAAGUUGAAGGAAUUCUUGUUGGAAAAAUGUAAGGUGUUUGUGAACAGGAACGGAGUACUUUGUAAAAGUGCGUGUUUUACGUUGAUCAAGUCGUCCAUAAAACCCUAUCAUACAAGAACAUCUAAAAAAAACGCUCAUGUCAGCAAGUGUAUGGAAUCGAUUCGCAUAAAUCUACUAAUCUGUUCGUUGGACUUGUCUUAUGAGAUAUUAGGUCACUUACAAUUAACUUGGUACUGGUGCUGAGCAAAUUGGAUUUUUUGCUGCAAAACAGAAAGUCAAAGUUAACCAUUCCGAUGAUUUUGUGAUUCAUUCACCCAUUCACGUCCUUACUUUCCACUCUACGCGAAAAAUCAAAGUUUCCAAAAUAUGAAUGCCAUAUUGGAAUCAGAUGAACAGACCGAAAAUGCUGCUCCCGGAAUCGAUCUGGCUGUAGGACUUGAAACCAAUGUGGUUGACGCAGCAAUUCCAGAUUCGUUGGACGAUAAAUCAUCCAAAGUGGAAUCGGAUGACGAGGACAGUUCGUCGUCCGAAUAUGACUUCUACAAAAAUGUAACUGAAAAGCAAAAAAAGGCUGCCCUGAAACACAACGAAUGUUUCGUGUGCAAGAAGCGCUUGGGAUCGUUUGCAAUUUUCAAGCGACAUGUCAUGACACACGCCAAGCGAAAGAAAUUUAAGUGCCAUCUCUGCCCGAAAUCAUUUUCAGAAGGCCGAUACCUAGAAGACCAUUUGCUGAUCCAUUCGGGAAACUUCCACACUUGCAAUAUUUGCCAUAAGAAUUUUGCCAAUUCCAGAAGUCUGCUGGGUCACAUUCGCAUCCAUACAGGUGAGAAGCGGUACAAAUGCGAAAUUUGCGACAAAGCGUUCACAGAAUCCUCAACGAGGGGCAAGCAUAUGGCUACGCAUAGCACAGAACUUCCAUUCGGUUGUGACUUGUGCGACAAAGCGUUCAGCCGAAAGUCCAACUUGCAGAGGCAUGCCGAAAUCCAUGUGAGGGAGAAAAGGAAACUGACGGCGGACGAUGUGGGGCAGGAGUGCCCGAUUUGCUUUAAGAAUGUUACCGGCGAUUUUAAGCGACACGUGAAAUACCACGAGAAAGCCGAACAGAAUACCAAAAUUUAUUCGUGUGAUUUGUGCAGCGCCAGCUACACGCGAUUCAACAAUUUACAAGCCCAUAUGUGGAGGCACACGGGAAGGAAGGAGUAUAGCUGUGAUAUUUGCUCCAAAGAGUUCAGCCACCUGUCAAACGUUAAGAAGCACAUGAAGAUCCAUUCCGGGGAUAGAAAAUUCGUUUGCGAUCAGUGUCCACGCGCAUUUACCAUGCGUUCGUUAUUACGACGUCAUUUACGGACUCAUUCCGGCGAGAAGAAAGAAAAGAAUUUCCUGUGCGACCUGUGUUCGAAAUCAUUCACCGAAAGCGGUUCGCUACGUUUUCACAUGUUGACGCAUACAGGUAUCAAAUCGCAUGUCUGUGAUGCGUGCCCGAAAGCCUUUUAUACCAAAUCGGAGCUCCGAAAGCACCAAAACGUUCAUCAAUCGCCGAAGCCUUUCAAAUGCGACCAUUGUCCUUCGUUGUUUUCGCAUAAGCAUACCCUGAAGAAGCAUAUGCUUACGCAUGAAGACAAAGCGGAAACAAAAGGCGAAGGUGAAGAGUACCUGUGUGACAUCUGUUCGAAAAAGUUCACAACGAAACACAGUUUCCGAAAUCACCGAAAUAGCCACCGCUUUCCCAGCGAAUUUACGUGCGAAAUAUGCCAGAAGAAAUUCUCCAAACUCUACCGCUUGAACAGUCACAUCGAAAACAUUCACAGCGAAAAACUGUACGACUGCACGAUAUGCUCGAAAGCGUUCGCUACCAUGAAACGGUUAAAAUUGCACACCGACAAACAUCUCAUCGAAAAGGAAUCGUUACCGUGCACCUUGUGCCAGAAAGUGUUCCGAUCGACAGCCAGUCUGGAGAAACAUUUCGUCAAGUGCAAAAAUGCAAUGCGAAUUCCACUGCAUUUGGCCACAACAACCACAACCGAGUACAAUAAUGCAUUAAAUCUUUCGCAGUCAAUAUACCAUCGAUAUAGUACGCUCGAUGGAUUUUCCGGGCAUACCACGACGUAACUAAAUUUUAGUUUUUUUUAACGUAAUUUGGUGUCAUUAAAAGCUGAGGUCUUUAAAAGAAAUGUUCGA